UACUUUAGUUUAGUUUGGGAUACGUAAUAGAAAUAGCAUUAUAUAGUUUUUAAAAUAUUUAGGGCUAUAGGAAUAACUAGAUAGUUUUCAAAUUUUUUUAAGGUUACGUUACAAUUUAUUAUAUUUGGGAGAAUUUUUGUGAUAAAGCUCUUUUAAAAAGGGAAAAGUUUUUUAAUAUAGUUUUCUAUUGUUGAUUUGAGAGAAAGUUUAGAUUGGAAUCAUCAUCAUGAAGGAUCUAGAUCUGACCCUUGACUAUAUGGAAAAUGCUCGCUUCAAUUAUGUGUAUGGAACAGCAGUUGCGCGCAUGGAAGCCUCAAUCUUCUCAACACUCGAGAAGCUCUGCAUUUCGAUGAUCUAUCACAAGUUUGUACUACGCGAGGGACCUCGAACGAGAUAUAUGACUGUGCAACAAUUAAGCGGUUUCAUUCGUAUGAUGUUCAAGAUAACGGAUCCUCGGAUUAAUCAUCGCAUUGUGAAAACUAUUAGCGACGAUCCGAACUGUGUGGAUCCAAAGUUUCAUCCAGAUCGUCAUUGCACUCUGAACAGUUUUAUAAAGAUGCUUGCCAUCUACUUCUCUAACGAUCUCGAUAGGCGCAUGCGAUUUGCUUUUAGCGUCUAUGAUGAAGAUGGAUACGGUUUCAUGAAUCGUGAGUCUGUGAUGCGCUAUAUAGACGCAUUUUUCACAGGCGACGAUGAGGACGAGAUUUUUGAAAUGCGAGCUGAUAUGCUUGAGUUGCUAUUUCAAAAAUUUGAUAAGGACAAGGACCUGCUCAUCUCGUUCGAAGAGUAUUGUGACACUGUGCGCAAACAACCCGAACUAUUAGAGUUCCUGGGCACAGUAUUUCCAUCCAAAAAUGAUCUUGAUGUCGUAGGGCUGUGCUGCAAUUUGCACACACAUUAAAAUCCAAUUGAUUGUAGAAUUGUUGAAAAGCUUUAUAAGUAAGGGUAGAAUGGGGAUUUUAAAUAUAAGAUAUGUACAUACAUAUUUUCAGAAUAAAUAAAAUGGAAAGAACCC